AGCGGAGACGGUCAGAUGUUUCAACCCCCACGCACGAGUCAAGACAAACAGAUUUGAAGGACAAUGGAUCCGGAGUCUCAAUCCACUUGUGCUCUCCCUAAAGUGAUAUUGUCGGUGUCAACUCCGGAGAUCUUACCAUUAUUCCUGGUUGUCUCCCAAACCUUAUCAGGGGACAAGCUAAAACCUUGGUCUGGUCUCAGGUCUUACAGAAAUAUCACCAUACCCUGGUGAGAGUGUAUUGGCCACAUAUUAGACAAAGACCUAUACCACUCUAGCAUUCAGAGUUCAGUCUUGGUUUGUAGAAAGUGGGGUUGGCAUACAAUAGAUAGGAUACAUCAGC